AUGGAAAGCGAGGUAGCAGCCAAGGCCGCGCCGACUAUACACACCUUACCAGGGUCGUCGAACAUUCCGCUUGCAGACUUUCCUUCUCCUGAAGCAGCGGAUACCGUUGAGCCCGCCGAGGAAGCCGACAGGAUAAUCAACCAUCUGAAUGAGUCUUUCCAAGAUGCUACUUUCAACGAGACGGCGGAUCUGUUCUGCACGCAUGGAUAUUGGCGGGAUCACUUGAUGAUAUCGUGGAACUUUAGAACCGUCAAGGGUCCCGCUCAAAUUGCAGAUUUUCUUCAGAUAGGUGCCAAAUCAAAGGAUGGGUUUCGGCUCAAAAAAGUUGCCAUUGACAAGAGUACCCCUAGUCGCCAACCCAGUAUGGGAUACCUGGAUGGGGAAGCCAGCGUGCCGAGCAUUCAGGCAUUUUUGUCAGUGGAAAGUGUGCUCGGCUCGGGAGAGGGAUUUGUCCGUCUGGCCCGUGAAGGCGGAAAAUGGAAAAUAUACGCCAUAUAUACAAGCUUGCGCGCAUUGAAAGGUUACAAUGAGGCCAUCUUUUCAAACCGACCACAGGGUGUUAGUCACGGCGGCCAGCCGGGCAGAAAGAACUGGGCUGAUAGGAGAGCACUGGCUCGGGACUAUAGGGAUGGCUCCGAGCCUGAGGUGCUCAUCGUUGGCGCCGGACAGGCUGGCUUGACAGCAGCAGUCAGGUUGAAGGCCUUGGGAGUCAAUGCUCUUGUCAUCGAAAAGAAUGAGCGUGUUGGCGAUAGCUGGCGCCGCCGCUACCAUCAACUGGUACUGCAUGAUCCCGUCUGGUACGAUCACCUGCCGUUUCUGAACUUUCCUCCUCAGUGGCCAGUCUUCAGCCCCAAGGACAAGCUGGCCGACUGGUUUGAGGCGUACGCCAACAUCAUGGAGUUGAAUGUUUGGUUGAAGACGGAGCUGGUCAGCUCAUCUUGGGACGACGAAACACGCCUUUGGUCGGUAGACGUUGUGCGAAAACUGGCCGACGGAACCUCCGAGUUGAAAACCUUCCACCCGCAUCACAUUAUCCAAGCCACGGGGCACUCGGGCGAAAAAAAUCAGCCAGACAUAAAGGGGUUGAAUGAAUUUGCUGGUCGCCGCAUUUGCCAUUCUUCCGAAUUUACUGGUGCCAGACAAGGGGGAGACGGGUUGAAAGCCGUGGUCGUGGGUUCCUGCAAUUCCGGACACGACAUUGCUCAGGAUUUCGUCGAAAACGGCUACCACGUCACCAUGGUGCAACGUUCCAGCACCCACGUCGUUUCGUCGCAGGCCGUUACCGAAAUCGCCCUCAAGGGCAUCUACUCGGAGGAUGGACCGCCUGUCGAAGACGCGGACAUGAUUGUGCAGAGCAUGUCCAGCAGCAUGCUUAAAGCCAUCCAAGUCGUGGUCGCCAAGAUUCAGCGCGACAACGACAGAGACCUGCUACAAGGCCUGGAAAAGGCUGGUUUCAAAGUUGACCAUGGACCGGACGACUCUGGUCUGUUCUUUAAAUAUUUCCAACGCGGUGGAGGCUACUACAUUGACGUGGGGGCUUCGAGGCUUAUUGCUGAGGGAAAGAUCAAGGUGAAGCAUGGCCAAGAAAUCACCGAAAUUCUUCCUCACGGUAUCCGAUUUUCGGAUGGCUCAGAGCUGGAAGCUGAUGAAAUCAUCUUUGCUACUGGCUAUCAAAGCAUGAGGAGUCAAACACGUCAUAUCUUUGGGGAUUUGGUUGCAGACAGAGUGGGCGAUGUGUGGGGGUGGAAUGAAGAGGGCGAGAUGCGGACCAUUUGGCAGAGGACGGGGCACCCGGGGUUUUGGUAUCACGGGGGGAAUCUUGCGCUGUGUCGGUAUUAUUCCCAAUUGCUAGCUUUGCAGAUAAAGGGACUGGAGGAGGAGGUAUACGCGUAUGAGGAGGAUUGA